AUGGCGACAGAACAGCCCCAACGCCUUGCCUCUAUCGACUCCUCCCUGGCAGCCCGCCUGCCUUCCUACUCAACCGUGCUCUUCGAGGCCAAGACCGCUAAGGGCCUGACCUUUGAGCAGAUUGCGCAGCGCCUGGGCCGUAGUGAGGUGGCCGUAGCAGCCAUUUUCUACGGGCAAGCAUCUGCAUCCCCCGAGGACGCGCAGGCCCUCUCGGAGCUGCUCGGCGUGCCUGUUGAUGCAUUCAGGGAUGCCGUGCUGGGCUUCCCUGACCGUGGUCGCGCUGGCCCCAUGCCCCCCGUCGAGCCUCUCAUCUACAGACUGUACGAGAUUGUGCAGAACUAUGGGUAUGCGUUCAAGGCGGUGAUUAAUGAGAAGUUUGGAGAUGGCAUCAUGAGCGCAAUUUGCUUCAAUUCGAAGGUUGAGAAGGAGGUGGAUGACCAGGGCCAGAGUUGGGUAGUCAUUACCCUUAAGGGGAAGUGGCUCCCCUUCACGAGGUUCUAG